AUGGCGUCUUUAUCGACGCUGCGCUGCUGCAUCGUCUCCUCUUCUUCUUCUGUUCAAAACAAAAAUCUUGGACGUCACCAAAAAUACCAACGAACAAGAUUACGAGCAAAACGAGACGACGACGAGAAGAACGACGAGAACAGUAAACUUCCUGAAUUUGAGGACGACGUGGCACCUGCGUUAGAUGGUGAUUGGAGAGAGUUUCGGGCAAAGCUCGUCGCUUCGCAAGCUACGGCGGAACUUCCGGACGAACAAAUCGACGUGGAACAGUUGCAACAGCAGAUGCAAGCAGGAGGAGAAGGAGGGACGAACAACCAAGAAAAAGAGAAACGCAAAACGACGAAAUCUGGAUCCGGUAUCAUCGAUGAUGCGAUUGAUAACGCUAAAAUUGAAAGCCAGGAAGAACGCGAUAGACGCGAAAGAGAAGCGACGGAGGCGAAUUUGGAGUUACUUAAAACACAAAACCCGGGACUCGCUAAAGACAAAGCUUGGGCGCACGUCAUCGCCAAGCCGGAGAAAGGUUCGUUGAUAGUUGCCGCCACGGACGAUUUCGUAACUUCGCAGCAAUAUUUUAACCAAUGCGUCAUUUUAUUGCUGGAACACUCUAAAGACGGAUCAAUGGGCGUCAUACUGAACAGACCGACGAUGUACAAAAUGGCAGACGUUGUCAACGACGAAAACGGACCGUUUAGCGAAAACGCGUUGUAUUUCGGAGGCGACGUAGGGGAUGGCACGGUAUCGUUCCUGCACGGUUCCCCCGAUGUUGCGGACGCCGAGGAAGUCUCCCCAGGUGUCUUCAUUGGUGGAUUCAACGAUGCCGGGAGGCUCGUGAAGGAAGGGAAGAAGGACCCGCGCGAGUUCAAAUUCUUUGCUCGCUACUGUGGAUGGGCUCCUGGCCAACUCGAAGACGAGUGUGCCCGCGGCGUGUGGUACCCAGUUGCAUGCUCUAGACAAAUCGCGCUCAAACCUGUCAUAGCCCUCCCGAAGCCAUUGUGGCGCGAAGUUUUAGAAUUGUGCGGUGGGGAGCUUGCAUUGAAAGCCAAACGUGCGUACGCUGCGGAUGACGAAAACUGA